UACUCCAUGUGGCGGGACAUGAUUUCACUUUCUGUUCUGCUAAUUGUAAACGAAGCUUUAAAGUCUGAACAUUAAACUGGUUCUGCUUCCAGAGGUUCCUUAUUCAAGGAUUUCUGACAAUGGAUAAACAGGAGGCGACACGCACCUGCGGACAGUGCCACAAAGAGGUAGCAGAAGUAAACUUCGCUCUGCAUGAAACCCACUGCACACGCUUCCUGGUCCCCUGCCCCGACUGUCAGGAAAUGGUUCACAAGGAACACCUGGACACACACCGAGAGGAACAGCACACACUGGUGAAGUGCUCCAAGUGUCACCAGAAGAUGGAGCGCUGUCAGUUGCUGGAUCAUGAGUCUGACGAGUGUGAGCAACGUCUGCAGACCUGUCAGUUCUGUGAUCUGGAGCUUCCUGUGAAGGACCUGCAGGAUCAUGAUGUGGUCUGUGGGAGUCGAACAGAGCUCUGCAUGGAGUGCGGACGCUACGUCACCCUGAGGCUGCGGCCCGGGCACGCCUCCACCUGCCCAGGGGUUCAUAACGGAUCAGGGCCUCCUGAAAGCACUGGAAAACUGACACCUAACAAGGUGAGUUGUAGCAGAUGUUGGGCAUCGUUUCCAGUGGAGGUCAUAGAGGAACAUAAGCGGGGGUGUGUUUCCUCCAUGACGCUGCUGGAUGACGAGGAUGAAGAGGUUGAUAUAGAAGACGAGGAUCAGCUAGAAGAGGAAGAGCAUAAUGGGCUCGAUGUGUCAGAGCUGGGGGCCACUAUCUAUGAAGCCCCCCACUUCCUGUCAAGUAGACCCAGCAGAUACCCCGGGGUUGAGGAAGGUAAGAAAGAAGACCCGGAUCAGAUCAGCUGCUGCCCCCACUGCCACCUGGCCCUGCCCUUCCCCACACUGCGCUGGCACCAGGUGAAGUGUGAAAUCCAUGCUGUCUUGAAAUAAGACGACAUCCUGAGAGGAGUUUUUGGAUCUUUAUGGAGAUAUAUUUAACCGUUCAGAUGUAGUUUACACUCAGCUCCUGGAUUUAAUGGCCUUUUGAUUUUACUGCAUGGCUUUGUGCUCGCCUGCAUAAAGACUGUUUAAUACCCAGGGUUAUAUAUACAUGUAUAUGUAUAUAUAUAUGUAUAUACUAGUACUAAUUCCUUUUGUCGAGUACUCAUUGAGGUACUACUGUAAUGCUUAAAGCUAAUUCUCAUCCAGCCACGUGUCGAGCAGUUUCCCCUGUGUGUGUGACGAUAAAUCAGCUGCUGCUAAAGUCUCACAUUAAAAGUUUACAUAGCAAAAUAUAAAAGCCUUCAUUUCAGGAAAUACACACAUUCAGAUAUACACACUGCGGGAGAAAACUCCACUGAGAAACCAUUGGUUGCAAUGUUUUUUUGGGGGGGGUCAAACCAUAUUUGCAUAUCUUUAGAAGUGGGUGUAGAUAUUAACGGAUAAACACCACGACUCUCAGGUUCAUUUAUUUGACUUCAGACCUAAAAAAGUAUACAAAUCAAAAUCAAAUAUGUAAAAGAAAUUGUAAAUAAUAUAAAUGCCAGAAAUAAUAAGGUAGUAUGUCCUCAAAAAAAUACCAGAAAUCAUCAGUGAUGAAAAGUAUGAAUACAGUUUGAGCAGAUCAGAAAUAAACCACGCAGAGAUUGGAGUUAAAAGACGUAUUUAAUAUGUGCAUCUGGAAAGCUUUAACAAUGCUAUUCUCUUACAGUACGAUAUUUCAAAAGGUCACGUUUUAGUACAAAGUCAAACAAAACUGGUUAAUAUAUAUUUGAUUCCAGCUAACCAAUAACCAUAACAUUCAAGGUGCCUUCUGUGUGAUGGGGAAGUUCAGACAUACGGAGAAUAAGAAGAAGCCUUGUUCUGAUAAAUAAUGUGAGGAAUGUUUUCUGAGUGCAUUUCAAAAGGCACUUACUGAAUCCAUAGUAGACAUUUCUCCAAACACACUUAUAAUAACAAUGUGAAAAGCUAUACAUAAUUAUACAUGAAAAACAACAAUUCUGUAUCUGUGUUAAAAGAAAGGAAUGAAAGUGUAGUACGAGGGCAAAACUGUGGCGCUGAUCUUUAUAUAAGAUAUCUCAAAUCUCGCGAGAACAACCACGCCAGCGGUUUCGUCUAAACCGGUUUUACUGUCCGCGUGCGACCUGCAGAUUCUCCCCGUAAAAUGUGAAAGUGAUUCCAGGAAACAAUCUCUCUCUGUGGGUCAGAAAGGGUUUACUGAGUCCAGAGAUAUGGAGAUGGGGUCAGAUGUCUGGUCAGACGGCAGAGACAGCUUACGGAGAAUAAAUAGGGGAUGGAUGUCCGGUGGGUCUGCCGGGGACGAGUGGCAGGCAGCAGGCUGACACUGAGACUGAGAUUUCUGAUCCUUUCUUUUACUCUCCUUUUUUCUGGAGAGGAAGUAAAGAACCGAGCUCUGGAUCUAUCUGUUGUUGGAGGUGCAAAAUAUGACUCAGCAGCUUUAAGACGUGAAGACACUAUUAUUUUCACUUCGCUCGAGUUACACCUGAAAGUGGGCGGGGCUUAAUUUAGUCCGGAAGUGACGUUAGCGCCUCACGCUACCCACUAUUUGACCCCAUCUCCAUAUCUCUGGACUCAUUAACUCUUUCUGACCAACAGAGAGAUUGUUUUCUGGCAUCACUUUAACAUUUUACGGGGAGAAUCUGCAUUGUGGUUUGAGGUUCCGUUACCUGGUUGAGACAAAACCCUGCUGGUGGGUAAGCAAGCUGGGAAUAAUAAGCCAAAUAAAGUUGUAAUUUAUAUAUAUAUAUACGGGAAUUCCUUCAGGGUCAACGGAAGCCUAUUAAAUUAACGUGACAAGAAAAUAAAACACUGCUAAAGAUUCUCUUAUUUCCCUACAGCAGCUUAUUACUGAACAGAUAUGAAUGAAUUGAAUACCUUCAAAAUAAUAAAUUCAGCGUACAGCAAGGAUUUCUUUACAGUGCACAGAUUACUAUCAGUCCUGUUUGACCAAUAAUUAUCUGUAUAUUUCUAAAUUAAGAGUGAGUUUUUUUUUAGCCAAACAAUACAAACAAUACUAAAAUAGAAAUGAAGAAGAAGUCACACGAUCCCCUCCUCAGUUCCCCCUCUGUAAAUUAAAAUGACUGUUUAUUUCUGGUUUAUUUUAGGACAAAUUUAAGACAUUUCUACAGCCAAUAUCUCACAAACAUGUCCAUUUUAAUGUGUAGAUAAAAGGUGUCUUUUAUCCAAUAUUUAAUAGAAAUGAAUCUGAACUACUUUUGAAAUCUGAGAGAAUAAUUUGGACAGUGCAAAACUUUGCUCGGACUAUCUCCUGAAGACAAACUAAAAUAACCACACUUUCCACCCGGCUGCUGAAGACAACAAUUUGCACUACUGAACACAGUUUUUCUGUAAUAUAUUCACCUUUCGCCGUCGAUAAGUGACGUUAUUGUUGUUUGUAUUGACUGAUGUGCCUUUCAUUGAUGCCUCUUAAUGUGGGAGUCACUUUCGUUCCUCAGGAUUGUGAGACAGCAUUUGAUAAAGCUUAACUGAAGCGAGCAUGUGGGAAGCACAGCUAAAUAUGUUCUAUGUUAAUAAAGGGUUAUCCUGUG